AUGGGUAACACGCCUUCGGUUCAGCAGCAGCAGCAAUAUCAGCAACAUGCUAAUGCUGCUAAUGGUCAAGCCGAUGCCAUCCCUCCGUUUAAGCCAGGAAAUUACGCUUCAGAUAUUGUUAACAGCAGACAACAGAGUAUCACGUCGCAGCUCUUCCCCAGCAGGAAUACAAGACACCUGAAAUCCAAGAAGAUCGGCAGCAAGCGGGAUAAUAUUUAUCAUUCUCACACUCCCUCUUUGUUCAAGUCCGAUUAUUCAAUGGAAAACACAGUAAAGGAGGCCAGAGAGAGCGGGGGAUCUACGGAGAACAUUAAUAAUAACAUGGCAGGAUUGUCCUUAAAACCUUCCCAUGAUAAUGGCCAAGUGCCUUCUUUCUUAACUCCCGGCCAUUCUACCCCGACGGUUCAGCCAACUAGACAGGAUGCAGUGCCUGCGGCGGAUUUGCAAAAUAGACUGAAGAAUAGUUUAAAGAGCCCAAGGCAGUUCCAGGAUGCUGCUACUCAGAAUAGACCGAGUGUUGUGGCUCUCAAGAAGAAUCUAAUGAAUGAUAGCGAGGCGAGCUCUACGAGUCCGAGAUCCCCAUCUGCAGAUAACAGUGGAUCAGAGUGCGUCGAUAUCUACAGUGCUCUGCAUCUUCAGUUACCAAAGAGUCCGGCCAGCAAAACGAACGACGAAAAUAACGAUGCAGAUGCGGAUACGUCCGAUCUGGACGACAUCAGUGACGAUGGCUAUUUACAAUGCGAAGAUGUGGUGUUAAACCAGUCGUUUCUACAAAAUGUCUUAAGAAGGGAUAUGAAACGGAAGAGGCCAAAGAAUGCCAAAGAAAAACUAGGUAAUACAAGCCUCGUUGAACAAUCGAAGAUUGAUAAGAAUGCAUUUUCCUACGAAAGCCUAGAAAAUGGGAAUCUGCCUGAGUCAAAGAAGCUAAAAUCAUUAGGAUAUGGCACUGAUUUGCCCUCUUUUCAGUCUACUUCCAAUCCGACCACCAAAGAAGCAAGGAAUGACAGAUUUGAUGGUUUUGACCACCUGCACCACGAUUUAGGCUUUAACAGAAUCGAUUCCUUUGAGAAAGGUUCUAUUGAGCAUAGGGAGACUGAGCGCAUGUCACCAAAGAGACAUAACUCGUCUUCGAUAUCACCAUCUACCAGCUCUGUACUUUCAAAUGCGGAGCCGGAAAAGGUUCAUGUUAUCCUGAAGUGGCGAGAUCCAAUCGAAGAUCCUUCCAAGUGCAAAAUAACGGUGAUAAGCACUGAUAUUGCAUCCGCUUUGAACUUCGAUCCAUCCGACAAGUCUUUUCAUGGUACGUUUUCAAUGGAGUUUGAUGAAAAUGACAGGACAUUUUACGUCCCUGAUUUGUGGUUGCCACCAGGGAUUUAUAAGUUUCAGUUCAUCAUUAACGGUGAAAUAAGGCAUUCCAAUGCUCUUCCUUCAGCAACAGAUUCAGUGGGUAACAUAGUCAAUUGGUUCGAAGUACUUCCCGGUUAUGAGAAAGUUGAGCCUUACAGAAAUGAAAUCGAAGUUCCCAAUUACCCACAUCAAAUUAGCGAGCCUGAUAACAGCCACCGAAACCCUUCUCCCUCUCAAGGAACCUUGCUGGAACCUGUACCCAAUAGAGGAGAGAGACCUCUUUUAGCCGCUCGACAUACAUCUUCGUAUUCGAAUAGGCCGGAGAGGUCAGGGACACCGUAUUCAGACUACACGGGUGUCAGUCGCUGUAACUCGGCAAUGAGAAAAUCCCCAAUGAUGCAACAAACAUCAAGCAGCAUAGAUCUCAUAACAGCUUUAAAGCCCAAGAAAUAUGAAUAUUCCAAUGAAAUACCCGAACUAUUCAAAGCUGGUAAUUUCCUAGGUCAGAACGAUGAAAAUGAAUUUCCCACACCGCCACAGCCACCUGCGGAACCACCCUCAUAUGAUCAGCCCAGCUUCUUACAGAACGUAGUGGACUGUAAUCAAGAUAAUCUUUUUGCAAAUCUCCAGCAAGGUGGGCUUUUGGACGCGGAAACUGCUGAACAACUAUUCCUGGAUAAAUAUCCAGUACCAGACCUUCCUGUAUAUUUGAAUUCCACUUAUCUGAAUAAGAUAUUCAAUGAAUUCCAGAAACCCAACUAUUUAAGCGGGAAUUCUAACGGUUUGAAUCAUAUCAUUCCUCAUGUUAAUCUGAAUCACUUAUUAACUAGCAGCAUCAGGGAAGAGAUGAUCAGUGUGGGCUGCACGACCAGAUAUGAAGGCAAAUUCAUUACACAGAUAAUAUACGCACCUUGCUACUACGCAAGUGGAAGUAAGAAGGAAAGCAAUGGGAACUGA